AUGUCCAAGAACUCCUCCUCUGGAGGAGCCUACGGCCAAGCCGCUGGCGACACCGACUUUCGCAAGAAGUACGAUCUCGACGAAUAUGCCGCCAAAGCGCGCGACCGCGAGGAGGCCGAAAAGGAGGAGCGCAAGGCGCGAUGGGAGGCCAAGAUGGCCGGCAAGAAAUACUACAAGCCUCUUGAGGGCCACGAGACCCUGACGACCGCUCGCUCGGGACACCAAGACUUCAGCAAGCUGGUCGGCACAACGAUGCUGAUUCCCGCGGGGGCAGGCGUGGGCAAGCGCGGCCGAGGAGCGGGCAUCUACUGCGAGGCCUGCGACCUGACCUUCAAGGACAACCUGCAGUGGAUCGAGCACACGAAUAGCAUGCAGCAUCAGCGGAACACGGGACACACGGGCGAGGUGCGAAAAGCGACGGCUGAGGAGGUACAUCAGAGGAUCGAGCUUCUGUGGGAGAGGCUACAGGAAAGGAAGAGGGAGCAGGUCGUUAGUCUCCAGGAGCGGCUGGAGGUGAGGAGAGUGGAAGAUGAGAAGGAGAGGGAGGAGAAGAGGAGGAAGCGGAAAGAGGGGGAGGAAAGGAAGAGGUUGGAGAAAGAGGAGGCGGAAAAAGCCAAGACUAACUACGGAGAGGACGUGAGGAUUGAGGGCGAACACGAUGAGGAUGAUAUGAUGGCUGCCAUGGGGUUCACGGGAUUCGGAGUCCCGAAGAAGUAG